AUGUCGUUAAAAAAUCAANNNNAUGUAAAUGAAUUAAAUGAAACAUUAUUUAAUGAAAAUUAUAAAAUUAAAGGAAAUACAACAGAAGUCGAACUAAUGGAAACUAUUGAAAAUUUCAGUGAUGAUUUAGUAUCCAAUAAUGAUUCCAUUGACAGUAACCAAAGCGUCAAUAUAUCAAGCAAAAAAGCUAAUGAAAAAGGGAAUGAAAAAUCAAAAAAAGAUAAUUUUAAAUGUAAUAGGAAAAAAAAUAUAUCAAGUUCUAAUAGAAAAACAGAAAAUUCUUAUUCAAAUAUUCCACAAAUAUAUGAAACAUAUGAUUCUAAUGUUAAGGACGAAUUUCAUUCAGAAAAUUCUAAUGAAGAACAAAAUGAGAAGAAUAUUUUUUCAAAUGUCUUAGCUAUUUUAUACAUAAUAAUAGCAAUAGUUAUAAUUUUACACUUAUAUCUAAAUGAAGAUCAUGUAAUUAUAAAAAAUAUUACCAUAUUAAAACUGAAAUUUGUUGGUUUAAUAAAAAGAAUACCAAUUUUCAAAAAUUUAAUGAAGACUGUUACUUUAACUAAUAAGAAAAUUAAUUACUUUUUGGAUAAUAUAACAACUAAAUCUGAUUUAAUGAAACCUUAUAUGGAAGCAUUAAAACAACUAAAUACAGAAUUUUCUAUUUUAUUUAUUAUAUUGAUUAUAACUUUUUUCACAGCCACAUUUAUUUUACAUAUAAUGUAUGGUCUUAUGACUAUGAAGCAAGAAAAAGAUAAUUCAGAAAAGGAAAACGUUGUUUUAGUUACAAACAAAAUGACUGUAGAAGAAUAUGAAGAUAAAUCAUUUACUUAUAGUGAAUUAGCAAAAUUGCAUGAAGAUAAAGAUUAUAUAUGUCUAAAAAAUAAAAGAGCAGGUGAAGGAAUUGAAUCAUGGAAUUGGCAAGUAAGAAAAUUUAAAAAUGAAAAAAAUGAUAAUAAUGAUAACGAUAUUUGUAGUGAUAUUGAACUUUCUGAUAUGGAUGAAAAUUGA